GCCGAUCGUCCUACUGGGCCGCUGGCCCAUGUUGGCGCGCCCGUAGCGCUCGCUGGCCUCUCUCUCUCUCUCCCAUGGCGCCGCAGCUCGCCGCCGCCCUCCGCCGCCACCUCCUCCUCCCCCACCGUUCCCCCCUCCUUCCCUCCUGCCACGUUAGCCUCUCCGUCAGCCGCUCCUCCUCCGACCAAAGCGACAUCGAGUACGCUCACCCUAUCCCCCCCGCCCCCGACGACGACGGCGAGCUCACCUCCUUCCUCCGUCGCAUCUCCCACGCCUCCUCCGUCGCGUCUUCCCCGAAGGACGCCCUCUCCCUCCUUCUUUCCCCCUCUUCUGUCCCAUCGCCGUCCCCUCCCUCACUCGUCCGCGCGCUGUGGGAACUGCGCCGCGACCCGGAGGCAGCAGCGCUCGCGCUUCGCUGGGGCGACGAGUGCAGCGCCACGUCCGGCGCUGAGGAGGCGGGGUCCCUGCCGGCCGAGGCGUGGCACCUGGCCAUAUGGUCGGCGGGGAGGGCUGGGCGGUUCGACCUCGCGUGGGCGGCCGUGCGGCGGAUGCAGCGCCGUGGGGUGCUGACCCGCCGUGCCAUGGUCAUCUUGAUGGAGAGGUAUGCAGCUGCCAAUGAAGUGAAGAAAGCAGUCAAGACCUUUGAUGUGAUGGAGAGGUUUAAAGUGGAAGUGGACCAAACUGUAUUCUAUUCCCUUCUUCGUGCUCUUUGCAGAAGUAAAAACAUAGAAGAUGCCGAAGAGUUGCUUCUUUCAAGAAGGAAAUUUUUCCCACUCACGGCCGAAGGUUUCAAUAUAAUACUUGAUGGUUGGUGUAAUAUCUUCACCGAUGUGGCCGAAGUAAAGAGAGUUUGGCGAGAAAUGGCAAAUUGCUGCAUUACUCCUGAUGGUACGUCUUAUGCUCUCAUGGUCUGUUGUUUCUCAAAGGUAGGGAACCUUUUUGAUACUCUGAGGGUUUACGAUGAGAUGAAGAAGAGGGGUUGGACUCCUGGUAUUGGUGUCUAUAACCAACUUAUUUAUGUUCUGACAAGAGAGAAUUGCAUGAAGGAUGCAAGAAAUGUUCUCAGUAAAAUUGUGGAUGAAGGUCUCCAACCCGAUGUUGAAACAUACAACAGUAUUAUAGUUCCACUUUGUGAAAGUUGCAAGCUUGAGGAAGCACGAGAGGUGAUGGAAGACAUGACAAUGAAGGGCAUUGUUCCAACCAUUUUGACGUACCAUGCAUUUCUGAAACAGGAAGGCAUUGACGAAACACUGCAGCUACUGAAGAAAAUGAAAGAAGAUGGCUGUGGCCCUAACAGCGACACAUUUCUCAUGCUCAUUGAUAAGUUUAUCCAAUUGAAUGAGUCUGGAAAUGCUCUGAGGGUGUGGACUGAAAUGCGAAGGUACGACAUUAGGCCUGGUUAUGCACACUACAUGGCAGUGGUCCAAGGUUUGAUUAAACAUGGAUGCAUACCACGAGCUUUAGAGUAUUAUGAUGAAAUGAAGGCAAAUGGUUUUGCUUCGGACCCAAUACUUGAUAAGGAAUUCAAAACUUUUCUACUGGCCAACAGAGACCACUGGAGAGGAGCAGGCAAAUACAACCUUAUUCCACAGCGUAUCAAACAUUCUACAAGACGGACGAGAAUCCCGUAAUACAUGUGUCACUGUUAAGCACGCUUCUAGUGCUUCUUUUGUACGACAAAAAGGUAAAUGCAAACAAAUGUGACUGUGAGGUAUGUGUGUUCAGUUAACAAGUUGCUCCUGAA